GGCGGCGGCGGGUCUCGGUGGAUCCCGGGUGCUGAGGGAAAGAAGUCAUCUCUAACAAGAAGAAGACAUUUAUCUUCAGUGUAGUCCCAGAGGAAUGAAUAUGCCUUGUGUGGAAUUAACCUUGGGGUUUGGUUUUCAGUUAAGGAAAUGAGGCAGAAGGAGGUGAUAACCAAGACCUUCCAAGGCCCAGCUGUGGUCUGUAGGACUCCGACCAGCCAUGUUUACAUGUUUGAGAAUGGUGUUGAGGACUCCGAGGACUCCUCUGAGGAAGAGUCCCACCGAGUGGCCCUGCGGCCCCGGGGCAAGGAGGGCCAGAAGAAGGGUGCCCACCACCCUCGCCGGUCAGGAGCAGGGGACGUGGUGCUGCUGCAGCGGGAGCUGGCCCAGGGGGACAACCUCAACAAGCUCGCCCUUCAGUAUGGCUGCAAAGUUGCAGAUAUCAAGAAAGUCAACAACUUCAUCAGAGAACAAGACUUAUAUGCUUUAAAAUCUAUUAAGAUUCCAGUGAAAAACCACGGGAUCCUAACAGAGACCCACAAAGAACUCAGACCCCUCCUGAACUCAUCCUCAGAGACCAGAGUGACCUUCGAGGAGCAGCCAGACCCAGACAGAGCAGCUGUCAAUGCCAGUGCCUCAUCUAGCUCACUGACAGAUUUCUUUAAGGGCAUUGACCAGAAUAUUGAACAUGCAGUUCAGUCAGAAAUCUUUUUGAGUGAAAGUUACUCCAUAGAGACCUCCAGUCAGCCACUGCUUCCUGCUCCUCCAAAGACACUGACAAAUGGUGCAGACUGUGGAAUUCAGUGGUGGAAUGCUGUUUUUAUCAUGCUUCUAAUUGGAGUUGUUUUACCAGUGUUUUAUUUAGUCUAUUUUAAAAUACAAGCUACUAGUGAGACCCCUAGUAUCUUGAACACAACUGCUAUCCCUAAUGGCUCCACGGCAGGGAAUGCAGUUCCAGGGCAAGCCCCCAGAUUAGCAAUUCCAAUGCCAACCAUCCCCUCUUCAGACAGCCAGUUCAGUCAGACCACCCACGGGGGGAUCUAGCUCUUGUUUCUAAGGAAUCAGGCCAGCUUUAGCACCUAGGCUUCCACUGAUGUUGUCCAUAUCUUAGCAUGCUGCAUUUUUUUUUUCUGUGAAAUAUGGACAGAUUUCAGUAGUCACCAUCAUGUUCUCAAUCACAUUCAUCAUGGGGAGUGGACUCAUCCAAGCCUGUGGGAGCCAAAACAUCAACAUUCUCAGCCUCUUACAUCCAGAGAAGAGCGACAGGAGAGACGUUUACACAUGGCAAAUGCUGCUCCUUGAAGGCAUUUAGUGGACUGGACUUGUGUGUCUUCACAAUAGCACUGUAGGCCCUCAAGUUGGACGUGCUUGGAGGGAGAUGAAUGGCCUUGGCAGAUGGACCUGCAUAUGGGAGACCCUGGUGUCAGCUUUGUCUGUGUUGUUUUGUCCACUGCCUACUGUAGAGGGAUGCUGCUGCUGCUGCUAAGCCACUUCAGUUGUGUGCAACUCUGUGCAACCCCAUAGACGGCAGCCCGCCAGGCUUCCCCGUCCCUGGGAUUCUCCAGGCAGGAACACUGGAGUGGGUUGACUGGCUCUGAAAAAUGAUGUUUUGUAUCUCUCCAGCAAAGACAGUGUGCAAUAAUGAGGUGCCGCCCUGUUUCAGGGCGUGAUACAUUACAGUUGUAACAAGCCCUGCUUCACGUUUAUACCCAGAUAGCUUUUUUAUGUCAUAUCUAGAAUUUGGAAAGCCCUGGAUCUAAACUGUUGAAUAUUGAGUAGAUAAGCAGUUCUGUUCCUCAUAAUUUUAGCGCUCCUUAAUCUGACACACAGGCACAUUUUAAGCUCUUCAUGGUGCAGCCGGCACUUCCUGGCCAGAACAUUUUAAGGCCAUGGCCCAGUUUCACCUGAGGAUCUUUUCCAUGGUGAUUGCUAACUGGAUUCCCGAAGUCAGCAUCCUUGGAGGGAGCUGUUUCUGAUCUGUGUCGGUUGAAGUAGGUAUAGGGAGAAAGAUGAGUGCCUUAUCACCCAGGUCCCAACACGUGACAUUUCUAAGGCUGAGCAGUCACCAGCCCAGCAUCUGCUGGCCCCCAUAUGCUCCUGGCAGAGUGGUGCAGGGAGAAUGGAUGUACUUGCUCUGCUUCCUUGACCCCAUUCUUAGGACUUCUAGAGUCAUAGAACAGGAUUAGGACUCAGUCACCUUUCUUUGGGUGAAUACAAUGUAGCUCAUGAUGUUAAAAUACUGAACACAAUGUAAAGCCUAGAGGUGACCCUUGCUGUGGAAAACCAUAGAAAGAGAGGCCUGAGGUUUGCCCAUCUUCUCUGACGAGGCCAUAGCAGUGUUAAGUUUGGAAGCUCGUGGAGGGCCUGGUUGGCCUCUGAGGCCUUACUGUUGUAGUAAGGGUGACUGGGGUGAGGGUAGGAGCCUUGGUCCCAUGGAGGAGUGGAAAUUGGCCAGGGUGGCUGAGCCUUGGAAAGGUCUGCCUCCAGGGAGAAAAACAUGAUGCACAGAUGCUGAGCUUUGGGUAGGUUUAAGGCAUUUGACACCUUCAGCCUAGAGAUCAAUUUAAGAGAGCUCAUGUAAGAAAAGGGGAAUGUGGUGGAUGAGUACUUGAGAUGGAUUUUCAGUUUCUCCUCUCAAUUAUGUGAAAAACUGUUUUGCCCUGGGUUCAAUUAGCAAAUUUAAAUCUUAAAACUAAAUGUUUUCUUCAAAGUCAAGCUGAUCUUAAAGAUAAAGUGAACUUGUGAAUCAUUGCUACAGGAAAUGUUUUGAUCAUAUAAAUGCCUUUCUAAUCAAGUGUUUGUGUGCUGUGCCCAAGGACCACAAGUUUCUCUAACAUUUUGUUACCAUUAAAUUCACAAGGCAGGAUGCAGACUUAUGAGAAAAAGACUUUUGCCAGGCAAAGAACUGUAUACUUUUUUCAAGUGGAAUAAAAUAAUUUCUUCUGUGAAGGAAAA